AUGUUGAAGGCUCUAUGGCGUGUCGGACAACGUCCAAAGUUUCGGCCAAAGACAAUCAAGGGAUUCAUUCAUGAUGCCGGUCAGCAGCCUGAGGAAGAUCGUGGUUACUACCCUGCCCAGGUAGGGGACCUCCUCGAUGACCGAUAUAAGGUUAUAUCGGUGCUGGGAAAGGGGAUGCAAUCUGAAGUCUUUUUCGUGGAGGACUCUGAGACAAAGAAACACUGGGCCGUCAAGAUUCUCCGAGAUUCGACAACCCAACAUUCCUCGGAGCUCGAUGUUCUACAGACUAUCCGACGGAAGACCACAGAAAGGCCGAAAUGUGGCUCUUCGCAUGUGAUUCAGCUUCAAGAUCAUUUUACGUUGACAAGUCCGGGCGAACGCCGUCAUAUAUGUCUCGUGAUGGAGCGUCUGGGCGUUUCUAUUGGCCGAUUGCAGGAGGACUACCGAACCCGACAACUUCCCCUUCUCUUAGUCAAGCGAAUCACGAAGCAGCUGCUGAAAGCCCUCGCGUUUCUCCAUGAUGAGUGUCAUGUGGUGCAUACGGAUCUCAAGCAGGAUAAUAUUCUAUGUUGCGAGACGAGCGGGGUUGAAAUCCUGAGCGAGAUCAAGCUCAUUGACUUUGGCGUUGCGGGGUUUACAGACGGAACUCCUGCUCAAGUUGCCCAACCGGUUCAACUGAGAGCUCCGGAGGUCUUUCUUGGAUGCAGAUGGGACUCAAAGGCUGACGUAUGGAAUCUUGGAUGCUUGGUAUUCGAGCUCCUUACCGGAACCGCCCUUUUUCCCAAUUAUAGUGGAGCAAAUUUCACCGUAGAGAGCUUUGUCCUUGGCUCUAUGCCUGGCGUAGUGGGAGAAAACUUUCCCGAUUGGAUGCUCAGGGACGGUUCCCGGCGAGAUACUUAUUUCGUAGCUCACUGUGAGUCUAUCCUCACUAUGCGACUCUACAACCUCAAAACAGCGCUGGCCUGCUACAACGUACUGAGCGAACAAGAGCUCAAAGAUUGCGCAUGCUUUCUUCAUGAUGCGCUUCGACUCGAUCCGAAGACGCGCGGUACUGCAGCAGACCUUCUGAGGCAUGAGUGGGUCAGAAACCAUGAUGAUCCGCUUGUAUGCUCUGCGAUCCGUGCUAGUGUUUCAGUCUUUCCGACUCAAAACUGA